AUGGAUGCAUGGGCCGCUGGUUCUCCUCAUUGCGGAAGCAGUUAUGUGCGGCAACUGCCACACGCGGUCGAUGUAAAGCAGCUGCCCUGGCCGCAUCUGGUUCACUUGCUGUACCUCUUGGCACUCAAGAAAUGCAGCGUCCCGCCUCACUUUGCAAGUGCCGUUAAAGAGCGACUGUCAGAGUUCCAACUGGAAGAGGAUUUCAAAGAACUCGCUGUUUUGUGCAGCAGCCUGUUCAAGUUGAAAACUAGGGUUUCCAACGAUGCCUUUCUUCGCUUCGUCGCUCAGCAUACAGCUUGUGCCUUGUCAUCACACGAGGACAGGUUCGACAUUGUGGCGGCGUUGAAGUUCUUGCGACUCUGCGAGCACUACAGCCCCGAGGUUCUUCAAAACCUGGCGAGCUAUGUUGCCAUUCACAGCCGAGAACUGGUGGUCACGGAAUGUGCCCACAUGCUGGCUGCCUUCGCCAGCGUUGCUGCGUAUGACAGAGGCACAUUCGAGCACCUCGAGGACAGAGUGGUUUCCCUGCUUCGCGAAUGCGUCCCGAGCAAACACAGUUCGUCUAGGCUGCACCCUUCUUUACGUCCAAGGUUGAAAGAUGUGGCCAAGGUGCUGUGGGCAUUUGCAGCUGUAAACCACAGUGCCGGGAAAGAGAGCCUGGAAGUGGCAGUCCAGUUUAUCGAGCAAAACUUUACGUCAAACAGAGAUCUCUACCACAUCCUAGAUGCCUUGCAGUCACUCAUUUGCCUCGACUGCUACCCAUGGGACCUCAUUGACAAGGCAACUUCGCCGAGUGCAGAGCGGGCGGUUUUUCUCGAUGGAAAGAAGAAGGCGGUUCUGCGUCUAGUAUUCGUUGCCGCAUCUGCACAAUUGGCGAGAGGUGCUCCACUGACUGUGAAGCUGACCAGCAGCAGAGAGCAGCUCCCAAGGCGCGACGGCUUUGGGGAACUAGUAGCCGUGUUCGGAGAACGUCGACUGCGAGCCGGCUGUGUCCUGCCGCACAUCCGCAUCGCUGGCGUGACUUUUGCCGUGUGUCCACGCUCGUUGCGCGCAAGCCCCGUGCUGGACGUGGAAGAUCUGAAGCAGCAGAGGAUGGCUGCCGGAAAUCGCGAGGCUCGUUUUGUCAGCAUAGAGCUCCUGGACCGCAGCGUGUUAGUGCGAGACAGUGAGGAGGGUCACCUCCGCGGCAUUAUGGCAGUUAAGGUGUACCAGCUCCAAGCAUUGGGAUGUGCGUGUGAUUGGGGUGUCACCAAAGGAGAUCGUGAAGCUCGCCGCACUCACGGACAGGCGGCAGUGGUGGAACGUUCUUGUGCGAGCAUGUGCCCUAGAGGAGAGUCUUCCUGCAGGUUUUAA